AUGGGCAUAUUCAUACUGGGAUUCCUCCUCCUCGCCCACCUGGGUCUCGGCGCAGGCAGCAUGGCAAGCAAUCUCACCGAUCGCAACCUCGACCACAUCCUCUGCCGCGACAUCACCUUCUACAAGCACGCCAACCUGGGCACCAUCAGGGAUGGCAUCGAAUACCUGCGAGCCCACGACCCACAGGACCGCUGGGUCUGCCACCAGCCGGGCGGGGGCUGCUGCUCGCGCGUGGCGUGCGAGUACAGCUCGGCCAUCUACGUGUGCAACGACGACGAGGGCGCGGACGUGCGGGUGAGCCUGUCGGCCGUCGCCGACAUGGCGGAGAGCAUCACGCAACAGGACAGGUGUGUCUGGAGGCCGUCGUCGGGCCACGUGGUCCUGGGGCAGGCCUUUGAUGAUGGCGGGUGGAAUGUGAUUGUUGGGAUCAAAGGUGGGGACUGGUGUUGA